AUGCAACUUUCAUGGAAGGAUAUCCCCACAGUCGCUACGGCAAAUGACCUGCUGGACAUUGUCUUGAACAGAACUCAAAGAAAGACACCCACUGUGAUCAGACCUGGUUUCAAGAUUACAAGAAUCAGAGCCUUUUACAUGCGUAAAGUCAAAUACACAGGUGAGGGUUUCGUGGAAAAAUUUGAAGACAUCUUGAAAGGUUUCCCUAACAUUAAUGAUUUGCAUCCUUUCCAUAGGGAUUUGAUGGAUACGUUAUACGAAAAGAAUCAUUACAAGAUAUCUUUGGCUGCUAUUUCUCGUGCCAAAUCACUUGUGGAGCAAGUCGCCAGAGAUUACGUCAGAUUGCUGAAAUUCGGUCAAUCUUUGUUUCAAUGUAAGCAAUUGAAAAGAGCCGCUUUGGGUAGAAUGGCCACUAUUGUUAAAAAGCUGAAGGAUCCUUUGUCUUAUUUGGAACAAGUCAGGCAACACAUUGGUAGAUUACCAUCCAUUGAUCCAAACACCAGAACCUUGCUGAUCUGUGGUUACCCAAAUGUCGGUAAGUCGUCGUUCUUGAGAUGCAUCACCAAAUCCGACGUCGAAGUUCAGCCAUACGCCUUUACAACCAAGAGUUUGUACGUUGGUCAUUUCGAUUAUAAGUAUUUGAGGUUCCAGGCCAUUGACACUCCUGGUAUCUUGGAUAGACCCACCGAAGAAAUGAACAACAUUGAAAUGCAAUCGAUCUAUGCCAUUGCUCAUUUGCGUUCUUGUGUUUUAUACUUCAUGGAUCUUUCCGAACAGUGUGGUUUCACUAUCGAAGCUCAGGUUAAACUGUUCCACUCCAUUAAACCUCUGUUUGCGAACAAGUCCGUCAUGGUCGUUAUCAACAAGACCGACAUUAUCAGACCAGAGGACUUGGACGAGGAACGUGCACAAUUAUUGGAAUCUGUCAAAGAGGUUCCAGGUGUCGAAAUCAUGACCUCUUCAUGUCAAUUAGAAGAAAACGUUAUGGAAGUUAGAAACAAAGCAUGUGAAAAAUUGUUGGCUUCCAGAAUUGAAAACAAGUUGAAAUCGCAAUCAAGAAUCAACAACGUUCUGAACAAGAUUCAUGUUGCUCAACCUCAGGCAAGAGAUGAUGUUAAAAGAGCACCAUUUAUUCCUGAAUCCGUUAAAAUCUUAAAGAAGUACGACCCUGAAGAUCCAAACAGAAGAAAGUUGGCUAGAGACAUUGAAGCUGAAAACGGUGGUGCUGGUGUCUUCAACGUCAACUUGAAAGACAAAUAUCUAUUGGACGACGAUGAAUGGAAGAACGAUAUCAUGCCAGAAAUCUUGGAUGGUAAGAAUGUUUACGAUUUCUUGGACCCUGAAAUCGCUGCUAAACUGCAAGCUCUAGAAGAAGAAGAAGACAAAUUGGAAAAUGAAGGGUUUUACAAGUCAGACGAUGACGAAGAAAUUUACGAUGGCUUCGAAGCACCCGAAGUGGACGACAUCAAGGAAAAGGCUUUGUGGAUUAGAAAUAAACAAAAAACGAUGAUCGCCGAAGCAAGGAAUAGAAAAUCAUUGAAGAACAAGGCCAUUAUGCCACGUUCGAAACUAACUAAAUCCUUCGGUAAGAUGGAGAAACAUAUGUCCACUUUGGGCCAUGAUAUGUCAACCUUACAAGAUAAACAAAAGAAUGCUGCUCGUAAGAGCCGUUAUGUUGAAAGAGGUUCUGAUGUUGUCUUUGGCGACCAAGAAAUAUCGACAGCUUCCACUGACAAUGGUGUCAAGUUGAGACAAACUGAUAGAUUGUUGGACGGUGUUGCCGAUGGUUCCAUGAGAUCCAAGACCGGCAGAAUGGUCAAAAUGGAAAGAAGAGAAAGAAACAGACAUGCCAAACAAGGUGAAUCUGAUAGACACAAUGCAGUUUCCUUAUCGAAGCAUCUGUUCAGUGGUAAGCGUGGUGUCGGUAAAACUGAUUUCCGUUGA